CAUUUUAUAAUCUAAGUGCAAUUAUCUGCAGUUCAAGAAGCUACAACUGUUAGUAUUUUGUACUAAAUGACCUACUUAUACAGUAUUUAGAAGAAUAUAAAUAAAUGUAUUAGCUCACCUGGUUUCAUUAUGUCAGUAGGGCCUGAUCCUAUAAACUGCUAUGCAUGCGUUCCUUAUUCAUGUGGGUAAUCACAUUCACAUUCACUUCAGUUGCAUCUAUUCAUCUACCCACAUGAGUGUUUGCAUGUUGGGCCUCUUCUCUUCCUGCAAGCUCUUUUUUCCUGAAGAGCCAGUGAAGAUUGUUAGGGCAAAAGGCCAGUAUAUAUAUGAUGAACAUGGAAGAGAAUACCUUGACUGUAUCAACAAUGUGUCUCAUGUUGGGCACUGCCAUCCUGAUGUAGUAAAAGCAGCACAUGAACAGAAUCAGUUGCUAAAUACAAAUUCUCGCUAUCUCCAUGACAAUUUGGUGGAUUAUGCAAAGAGACUUUCUAAAACACUGCCUGAGAAGCUGUGCACAUUCUAUUUUUUGAAUUCAGGAUCAGAAGCCAAUGAUCUUGCCUUGAGAUUGGCACGACAAUAUACAAAACACAAGGAUGUUAUUGUUCUGGACCAUGCUUACCAUGGACAUCUGACAUCCUUGAUUGACAUAAGUCCAUAUAAAUUCAGAAAUCUAGAAGGACAAAAGGAAUGGGUCCAUGUGGCUCCUCUCCCAGACACAUACCGUGGAAUGUACAGAGAAGACCAUAAAGAUUCAGUCUUAGCCUAUGCCAACGAAGUGAAAAAAAUAAUUGAGCAAGCACAAAAAAAGGGCAGAAAGAUUGCUGCAUUUUUCAUUGAAUCUUUGCCAAGUGUUGGUGGUCAGAUCAUUCCACCAGAAGGUUAUUUCCAGAUGAUAGCAGAACACAUACACAAGGCAGGAGGAGUUUUUGUUGCUGAUGAAAUUCAGGUUGGCUUUGGCAGGGUUGGCAAAUGUUUUUGGGCAUUCCAGCUUCAGGGAGAGGAUUUUGUACCUGAUAUUGUCACUAUGGGCAAACCAAUGGGAAAUGGGCACCCCAUCGCCUGUGUAGCAACAACUAAAGAAAUUGCAGAAGCAUUUGCAGACACUGGAGUGGAGUAUUUUAAUACAUUUGGAGGAAAUCCUGUUUCAUGUGCAAUAGGUUUAGCAGUUUUAGAUGUGAUUGAGAAGGAACAUCUUCAAGCACAUGCCACACAAGUAGGCAACUUCUUGAUGGAAUUACUGAAUCAGCAGAAGGUCAAGCAUCCUAUCAUUGGUGAUGUCAGGGGUGUUGGAUUAUUUAUUGGAGUGGAUUUGAUAAAAGAUCAAGAGAAAAGGACCCCAGCUACUAAAGAAGCUGAGUAUUUAAUAACAAGAUUAAAGAGAGAAUAUAUUCUGUUAAGUACAGAUGGUCCAGGAAGAAACGUGCUUAAGUUCAAGCCUCCACUGUGCUUUACUAUGGACAAUGCCAAAUUAGUUGUGGACAAAAUGGAUGAAAUAUUAACAGACAUGGAAAGAGAAAAGACAUGUGAGCCAGUAGGAAACCACCAUUAACUUUAGGCCUCAGCUCUAUCUGGCCAACAAUGGAACAGCUCAACUAUAACAAAAAAGGAAUGGUAAACUCUGCUUUGGAGUAUAAGCACCCUCAAUUUUUGCUUUAGGCUCUAAUCACUAUGCACCUAGGAUCCAACUCCACAAGUCUGUGUGACAGCCUGCUCCUUAGCCCACAAACUGCUCUACAUGCACUUGCUGGCUAAUGCACCAUUAUCCCUAGUGAAGUGUACAAGUCUUCUCUGCUGAACUGUUUCUAGAACUAGUUAAAAUAUCUGCUUAUUUCCCACUCCCCAACCCCCAUAGUUAUGCAAUCAUUUAAGUUUGCAGAGUUCAGCUUGCUUCCCCCCCUCCCCGUGGCACGUAGGAUUACUUGUGUUCCAUUUUAUUUUGCAUGCUCCCAUACCUUGAGGUAAAUGAAAAGGUAGUGAUCAUGUGGGCUAAAUGCUGUAGUUUGUUGCUGAUCUACCUGGAGCACUUCUAUAGCAACUUUCAAAGAAAGUCAGACUCACAGGAUGUUUCCUGAUGGCAGUGGGCUAGUACAACAGUAAGAUACAGGAAGUUUUAUACAGUCUAGAGCAGCGGUCCCCAACCUUUUCGUCUGGUGGGUGCCAGACGAAGGACCGUGGCAGCCAUCGAGCAUCUGCCGAAAUGCCGCCCAAUUUUGGCGGCGAUGCUUGUCAGCAGCAAGCGGUGUCAUGGAGAGGCGUCGCUGCCAAAAUGCCGCCGAAGUUUAGCAGAUGCUCGACCGCCGGCCGGGACGUAGGCGCAUUUAGAUGCCCCCGCGGGCGCCAUGGCGCCCACAGGCACCGCAUUGGGGACCGCUGGUCUAGAGCUUUAAGUACUCUCCAGGAAUAAGAUCUGAGAGAGGGGUAAAUUUCUUAGCUGCAUCUCCCACUAUUUGAUAGGCAGAGGCUAUUUCCCUCCUGAUUGCAGAUUCCAGAGUGAGUUCAAAGCUGUAGCACACCUGUGCUAGCUGUGCCCCCUUUUCCAGCCUGCUGCCAGAUAGUUCAUUCUACAGGUGUGUAAAAACUUGAAGAAUAUGAUUAGUAAGUAAGUGUACUGCCACCAUUAGGCCAUGGUCUACAACCAGAAGUACUGAAAUGAAAUAAAUACUGUUCCCUGGGAGUAAUAAUCCAGGGAGAGCAGAAUUAUGGGAGAUGCUGCUAGCAGAAAGGAUAUCAUCAGGUAAGAGAUUUACAGUGCUGCAGUUUAGUAUCUCCCACACUUCCAUUGCUUAUGAGAAGUAGUGAGCAGUGAACUGAAAUAGGGAGGGAUGAAAAAGAGAGAGGGUUAAUUGCACAAAAUGGCAAGGCUACUAGACUAGCCUAUGGAAACUGCUCCAGAGAACAGCAAACCCACUUUCUACAGAGUCUAAUAAAGGUGUUAAACAGAUGAUCAUGUUGCUGCCUUGCAUAUCUCU